CCUUAAAUACCUGGGUUUUCAUAGAGAUAGUUUUAUUAAACCAACGGAAGAGGAUCAAAUCUUUACUUUAAUUUUGGAUCAUUUGGAUAACAAUGAGUGGUGGAUGUCCAUACUUCGAGAAAAAGCACUUGUUAUUCAAGAGCAAGCUGCAUCUGAAUGAGGAGGAGGCAGAUGACUCUCAAAAAGGAAUUAACAAGGCCAGCAAAGGUGGCAUCAUCUAUGGUGACUACCUUCAGCUUGACAAGGUUGUGACGGCCCAAGUUCUUCAGAGUGAACUGAAAGGGAACAAGAUCCACGAUGAACAUCUUUUCAUUGUCACCCAUCAAGCAUAUGAACUCUGGUUCAAGCAGAUUCUUUGGGAACUGGAUUCAGUGCGAGAGAUUUUCAUUAGUGGACAUGCAAGUACCUCAGAAAGCAAGAGUACCCUGAUAAACAUUUCAAUCCGAGCAAUGUGUUGUUUUUUUUCUAAAUUAAAGGUUCGUGAUGAACGCAACAUGCUGAAGGUCAACACCCGCAUACAUAGGAUCGUUAUGAUCUUCAGGCUGCUGGUCGACCAGUUCUCUGUGCUCGAGACAAUGACCGCCUUGGACUUCUAUGACUUCAGAGAGUAUCUGUCUCCUGCCUCCGGGUUCCAAAGUCUCCAAUUCCGUCUGUUGGAGAACAAGAUUGGGGUCCCUGACAACCUGAGGGUCCCCUACAACAGGCGUCACUACAGGGACAACUUCAAAGGACAUGAGAGUGAGAUGCUGCUCAAUUCUGAGAAGGAGCCUUGUCUGCUGAAAUUGGUAGAGAAAUGGCUGGAAAGGACCCCAGGUCUUGAAGGCGAUGGGUUCAACUUUUGGAAAAAACUGGAAGCCAACAUCUUUGAAGGAUUGUGUCUUGAGAAAAAGAAAAUCAUGAAAAUGACAGACUCUGAGGAGAAGGAGGAGAUGAUGGAAGAGCUGACGAAGCAAAAAGAGCUCUUCACUUCUCUGUUUGACAUCAAAAGACAUGAGCAUCUUUUGAGCAAAGGUGAGAGACGGAUCUCCUACAAGGCUCUCCAAGGAGCUCUGAUGAUUUACUUCUACAGGGAGGAGCCCAGGUUCCAGGUUCCCUUCCAACUCCUGUCCAACCUGAUGGACAUUGAUACCCUCAUGACAAAAUGGAGAUACAACCACGUGUGCAUGGUGCACAGAAUGAUUGGUAGCAAAGCAGGCACUGGAGGCUCCUCUGGCUACCACUACCUGCGCUCUACUGUCAGUGAUCGCUACAAAGUCUUUGUGGAUCUCUUCAACCUGGCCACAUUUUUGAUACCUCGGCACUGGGUGCCCAAGCUGGACCCCAAUGAGCACACGUUCCUGUUCACUGCAGAGUACUGUGACAGCUCCUACUGCAGUAGUGAGGAUUCAGACUAGAACCUGUUAACUGUCAAAAGUGGUCAGUUCAGAUGGAGGAAAGGUGACAACGAAAGGUAGCCUCUUUAAACUAUGAAGACACACUAGACCCAGGGAGCAUUAUAUAAUAAUACAUUUUAUUUAUAAUGGGACAAGUAACAUAGUAUAUCAUCUUAACCACAUAAGCUGACUGCAUGUAUAUAUUGUUAAUAUAAUUAUUUAGUGUUUAUAAAGUAUAUUGUUUAUAUAAUAUUGUGCUGUAUUUAAAGUAAGAAAGAAUUUGAUCUAUGUACAUAGCCUAAUGAAUGAUAAUCAUGAACCGACCCAUGCACUUUGGGUUAUUCUGAAUGUGUACCCUAAAGAAGCCUAUUGCUCAUCUUUUUUAGAGUAAUAUGUUUUUGUACAGUACUUCGAUAUUGGUGUAUUGGGUGUUCUUAUGUGAUGUCAGAGAAAUGACCUGUAGACUUUAUUCAACAUGAAUGAUCACAGGACUGCAAAGAAAUAUAUUUUAUUGUAUCAGAAGAAUAUAAAAUGUAUCUGUCUCAAUAAAAAUACAGUACUGAAAAGGUUGCCAGAAAAUGA